CAGCACAGCACAUUCAGCUUGAGAGCCACAUUCAGACUUGCCACACCGUUUGACUAUCAAAUAUUAGUCAGAUAGGUAGCACAAUGGAUGUGGGAGAAGUGAUCUACACAUUGUUGGAGGUGCUGAUCGCCAUCAGCUGUUUAUUGGGUAAUAUGUUGGUUAUUUUGGCACUGUGGACCAGUAAGAUCAUUCAGCAACCGACCUUCUGCCUUAUUAUCUGCCUGGCUGUGGCUGACUUUAUGGUUGGCUGUGUGGCCAUACCGCUGGCUGUGUUGGUGGACGGACGAGUGAAGACUUCAUUCCAUGGUUGUCUCUUCAUCAGCUGUGUUGUCAUCCUGUUGACACUGGUCUCGGUUUUGUGUCUCACAGCUAUUGCAGUGGAUCGAUUCCUCAGGGUGUAUAUCCCUCUCAGGUACAAAAGGACUGUAACACAGAGACAUUCUUGGCUUGUCGUAGCAGCAUGCUGGCUUGUUGCAGUGCCACUGAGUUUUUCUCCAAUGCUUGGAUGGUACAACCAUGAAACCUUGGCUGCGUCAGUCAACUCAACUAUUGUCUGCAGGUUUAUAGAUGUGAUCCCCAUGUCAUACCUGGUUUACUUCAACUUUUUCCUCUGCACCCUGACACCUCUGUUGGUGAUGACUGUAUUGUAUGGCUACAUUUUCCGCAUCAUCCGAGGAAACCUUCGAGACAAACCAGGCAACGGUGUCCAAAUCCAGUCUCAGAACUACCUGAAGAAAGAGAAACAGCUGGCAGGAUCUCUGUCUCUGGUCUUGGCUCUGUUUGCCCUGUCCUGGAUCCCUCUCCACAUUAUGAAUUGUAUUGCCUACCUCGGUGGGCUGAAUAUUGUACCAGUAACAGCUUUCUAUGUUGGCAUCCUGCUCUCUCAUGCUAACUCGGCUAUAAACCCAGUUGUGUACGCGUUCAAAAUACAGAAGAUCAAGACAGCGUACCUGAAGCUCUGGAGACGGCAUUUAGCAUGUGGAGAUGAAAAUGGAUCUCAGACAAGCCAGACAACAGACAACAAUCUCAGUAGUAACCCGAACAGUGUGCCGCAAAUUGAGUGAAGGAAGAUUUCCUUGUUUGUUCUCAAGGAGCGGGUUUGAUUGACUGUCAAGCAUCAAUAAACAUUGUAAAACAUAUUAAUAUUAUGUAAAAAGUUAAAGUCAUGUACAGUAUGUGAAGUGAACUGAAAUUUAAAAGCUAACUUUUAGUUGACAAGUAAGACAUUCUGUGUUUUCAUACAACACAUCGAACCGUUUGCACUGAAAGAUCUGUUAUCUGUCAUUUUCAGUAAUCUGUGUGUGUGUGUGUGUGUGUGUGUGUGUGUGUGUGUGUGUCUUGUAUAUGUAGGUGAGCAUGUGUGUGAGUGUUGUGAAAUCUGGGUUGUCGCCAAAAAGGGUUACUUGUAAGUUUCAUAUCACUGUUUCUGCUCAAGUUCCAGUUCUUCAUGUCCGUUUUAACAGAAAGCACACUCUGUAUUGGAAAUUACCGUCACUAUAUUUGAGAAAAGGAUCAAACUUUUUACACAUGAUGCAUGGAUGCUACGUCUGUCCACAUUAAUUGACGAAUUUUAAGCGUUGUCACCCUGACUUUGGGGGCAUGCAUUGUACUGCAUGUACACCUGACCAGAAAAGUAGAAACCCAUGUACAAUGUAAUAUAAUCCAACAGAACAGCGCUGCAGCAGUUUCUCACUCCUGUCAAAUACCGACGCUUGGUCAGUGGCCUGUCGGUGUCAGACACCAACGCACACAGACACCCGAAACUGGCGGUUUGAAACGACCCAGGUGGCGGCUUUUGUUGACACUUCGGGCAGCUAUCAUAGUAUAUAAAAAAAAAAAAUCUACAUUGGGCAGGAGGUGGGAGAGCUGGGAGACGGCUGUCUGUGUCCCGUGUGAAACCAAAAGUCAAAGAGUUGUUUCAGUAACAGCGUAGUGUGCUAGUAUGUUUAUAAUGCUAUGCUUGUGACGUAUGUCUUGUGCCGUUAUGUUAGUAACAAUCAUACUUAUUUUAAGCCCAACCAUGGUGAUUUUCUAAACCUAACCAUCAAAAGAUGCUUCUAAUGAGCCAAACUGUAUAUUAUCUGUGAAAAUGGAAGUUUAUUUUUAAAAAAAAACUUUAUGUAAUGACCAUAAAUUGACAAGCUGCCCCUGAACGUCCAAAAAUGACGCAGGAGGGGUACCUAGCAUGUCAUAUUUUGAUGUGACGUGCCUCUGACCAAGCAUCGGUAAUUGUCAAGUUAGGAUUGUGAAUGUGUUGUGAAGUCAGCUGAGUGAUCAUUUUUAGUAAAUCUAUAGUUUGAUCUGUGUUUGUAUUGGAUUAGAUUACAUAGUAAUGGAUUAUGGAGAAGAAAAAACACUAGAUACACAUUUCAAAAGAGCGCAGUAACAUGACAACACCACAAAAUAAAACCUUAAAAAUGACCAAGGAGUUGAGUCAACUAUAGUUUUAACAACAAUCAAACCUUACAAGCUUCACAAAGGUUGCAGUUAUUACAGAGCUGCAACCUUUUCAUC